AUGUUGGCACCAAUCAUCACCAAGGACAUGCGAUUGUUUCCAAUGCAAAAGAUUCCUGUGAAAAAUGUUCGCAGUCGGGCGCAAUCCUUGGAUCACUUCCAUCAAGUUCAAAACAGUUCGACCACAAUCGACAGGCUAGUUCCUGUAAAGCCACGAAGUUCCGCUUCAACUGGAAACAUCUCUCAAAAACCGUCCACAAGUCGCAGCAGCAAGACAGUGGCUGUUGUCAAAUCUGCUCCGAGAAGCCCACCGAAGUCAAUGAUGUCUCGGAAAUCUACACUGUCGGCGAUUCAGGAAGGUGUCGAGCUGGCCGAUCAGCCAUCAUCUAUUGGCCACAAAUUAAUCAGUCAUAGCAGAAGGUGAGAAAGAAUUCAACGGCAAAUUAACGGCAUAAAACCUUCAGCGAGUCAUCGAGUGUUCAAAUUGGAGCUUCACCGAAAAUUGCGAAAAGCGAACCUAAAUCACGCAGCAGGCCUAACUCAGAAGAUGACAGUUCUGGCGAAAUAGAACCGGAUGAGGAAGAGACAAGAAAAAAACGCGGAGUUCUCAGAUGGAUCACAAACACUUUUCGCAAAACAGCACGCGAUAAAACGACAGAUAACAGGAGCACUUCUUCAGGAUAAUGUACGUUUACUUCCUUUUGAAUGCACUGUUCUGAAUAGCUUUCUUUACUUAGGCCUGUUUUUCUGCUUUUUCUAUUUGUUCUCGAACUUUGCCGCUCUCCCCGGUGACUUUUCUUCUUGCGGACGGGUUGAUUUCAUAACAAUGAAAGCUAGGGAGCGCAAAAACAAGUGGAAAGCAAGCGUACACGUGUGAAAUCUUGAGAAUAAAAUGGGUAUUUUACAUUUUUGAACUUAAAUUUCCAAAAAAAAAGUUUUUUUGGCAAGAUUGAGGAAAACUACCAAUCAGUUGCCAGAGUCGAUACAUUUGAUAACGUUUAGAGAGGUUGUAAAAAUAUACAUUUUCAGGAAUGA